AUGAAGCGGCAGUUCAAGUCGCAAGCAAGCAGUGGCCGCGUUGGGACCUUUGGAAGCUCUGGUUUUGGCUCGACACGAUCUUCCGCACUUUCCUACAUUCAAGAACCGUUGGACUUCUCUCAGAUUGAUGAUGCAAACGUCGUGGUCGCCUUCAAGAAUUUGACCAAAAAGGACGCCACCACCAAGGCGAGGGCACUGGAGGAUUUGCAAGGAUCUUUACUGGUUGAGGGCAGUGAUCUCAACGAAGCCGUACUCGAAGCAUGGGUGCGCUUGUUUCCUCGACUCUCAAUUGACAAUGCCCGCCGGGUGCGUCAGCUCGCCCACAUUCUGAAUGGCCAGCUCUGUGCAAAAUGUGGUAAGCGAGUGGCCAAACAUCUCACACAGCUCUCCGGUCCUUGGCUUGCCGGGGUGUUUGACACGGAUCGCGCGGCCGGAAAGGCUGCCUCGGAUGCCCYCAACGCUGUCUUUCCAACACAGGAUAAGGUGGACGGCUUGCGAAGGACUUUUCAGGAAUCCAUCUUGCAGUACUGCAAAGAUGCGCUGCUCAAUGAGACUGUGCAGACUCUGAGCGACGAACGAGCCGUGAGCGUCGAUGAUGCACAAGCCACGCAUGCUCGCGUGGUGGCAACGAGCAUUGCUGUGWCCAGCAGCCUGUUGGAGCACCUGGCAGCCGAUGAGGUGUCGAAGCAGAGCGAUUGUUACGACUCCAUUUUCAGUGACAAGAAGCUCUGGGAAUUUACCACUCACCCGGAUGGCAGCGUUCGAAAGGCUACUCAUCGUCUUGUCCGUGUUGCGCUGCACAAACACAGCGCACUUGUGAAUGAUAACCUGAAAUUGAUCUCAAAUGCAUACAUCUACAAAGGUCUCACAUCUGACCAAACUGGCUCGGCCUCAGACUUUGCACAAACCUUGGAUCUCCUUACAAGAUUGUCUCCCACAGUCUGGACUGAUGCAUACAACGGAAAGAAGCCGGCCAUUUCACGUUUGCGACAGUGUGUCAAGAAUGGCUCACACUCUGGGUCGUCGACUUUUUGGGAUGCCAUGAAUAGCGUAUUCCGAAAGCUACCGGAUGGAGUACUUCCGGCCUCCUACGAUGAAAUUGCAGAUCUUCUUACUGCGGCCAGAGAUGGUGCUGGGAAGAGGGAGGAACGUCUGAACGUGUCGUCAAGCUGGCUAGCCUACUUCACACUUGUCGACGUAGCAGCUCAGCUACUUUCUGAUGCCGAGGGCGACAAACUCCUUGAGUCGUUUGCGAUGCCAGUCGUCUGGCAGUACGUGAGUCCAUCAGACAAGACUGCACAAUGGAGUGUCGCUGGAAACAAGACAGCACCCAUCGUCUCCGAGGUCGCUUCGGUGGGAGGGAUCGCGUCCUUGCUAGAAAAGCAGUGGGAAGGCCUUGCAGAYCAGGUCAUUGCAACUGCGAAAUCCUCGCAGCCUGAGCAAUCAAAAGACUUCGACAUCUCCCAGAAGCAGGUUGCAGGCGUCGGAGAGCGAUGGUCGACCUUACAGAGAGAACUCUUCAACCAUGAACCUGGACCGCCAAACUCGCCCAACGGUGUCUUUCUGGCGGCGAACACCAAGAUCUUGAAUGAAAUGAUUGCCUUGCUGGACUCGCGCAACGGAAAGCCAUACGGCGCAGCGGCUGUUAUUGAGCAYCAACUUCGGGCGUGUGCUUCCGUCUUGUUGCAGAGCGAGGAUUACAGAGCUGCUCUGCUUCGCUUUGUUGUCAACGAUUUGCCUAAGUUGAUACACAGUCCAUCACAGAGACACCUGGUGCGCUGCAUGUACGCCCUAGGGUCAGCUCCCGAGUUCUCGAAGGCAUUUCACAGCACACUAGGGGCAGUCUUGGAAAGCAACGAGCCGAAUGAUUUCAAGGUCCGGGGACUGCAGGCACUAUUUCCCGCGGACACGCCACAAAAUGCAAUCGAGCUCGCUCGGGCAUCGCCUUCACUUCAAGAGUUUGCAGUGGCUCUUUCAACUGGCAAUGUCGAUGCCACGACCACAGAUUUGAUCUCCAGACUACUGCAAAUGGGCGUUGCAGGGCACGAGACAUCCGACGAGAUACUCUCUAACCUGACCAAGGGACUGUCGCUUACAGGCCCAGUGGUUGCAACUAGUCUCGCGGCUUUUGAUAAGCUCGUAGCAACGAAUGAGCAGGGCGUGAAAGCUUUCAUGACGAAGAACAAGACCGCAGGGGAGCAGCUACUGCCCAGCAUGUUGCGUCUCGAGCAGUCUACAGACGAUGUAACAGCCGAAAAGGCAGCUUCUUUGUCAAAUCGGCUGACGUCUGCCAUGGGCUCUGCAGCAUCAGGGGCAAAGUAUGGUGUCAUUAUGCAAAACCUGCAGAAAGUCUCUGCUGCGUCUCUACCCAUUGACACAGUUCUCGAUCUAGCAAGCAAGGUUGCUCCAGAAGACUCCAACAUCGAGGAGUUGCUUCCAGACAGUGAUGUGUUUUACAACGCGGUCAUUGCUGUUGUGAAGCCGCCGAAAGCCUCACUAGCUCUGCUGAGUCCGCUCGGUGGCGCAGUCCAUCUCGCCCAAUCGGAAUCCCCGAUAGCACGAGAAGCAAUCCAGUACGAUGGUGAAGGUCUUUCGCAAGCCUUACGCAUUGCCAUGUAUGUAGCCCGUACCCUCAACAAGACCGAGCUGCCGACAAGUGUCAGCAAUGACAUUGCCUCCAAUCUGGCGCUAAUGAGCAUUUGCGUCCUUCUCGCGCAGGACGCUACGAGUAUAUCUGGCGCCAACGCUCUCUGGAAGCCAGAUGAGGCCAAGGCUUUGGAGCACGAGGUCAUGGAUUUCGUGGUCGAUGCAAAUGCCGUGCUACGGACAAAUUCCGAGCGACUGGCAAUGGGCUCAGCAGUCGAGCAAGGUGGAUUGUUCCCGUCUCUGGCAGCCUUGCAAGAUCGAGCUGGAAAGAAUUCGCCCAUCGCCUACUAUGUAGCGCUGGCUGCCGUGAAAGCCCAUCAGAACGCCUUCGAGCUGCAUGGAUACACCACUGAGCAGGCAAAGACGGCAGGGGAUAGACUCAAAUCGCUUCGCUCAAGCCAGGAUCCAUUUGCUUUGGCUACACACAUCGUGGAAUACUCUCAGCCGCUGGCCGGAAGUCAGUCACUCAGCCGUGUUUGCAACGAACUUGUAGCGGACGUUACCGCCCUUGAUGUCGAAGACAAGGAGCAGACGGCAAUGGAGUCAUUGAUUGUGUUGAAUACCAUUUUGCAUACUCAGGAAGAGAUCGUAACGGACGUCGCAAAGAACCGACUCAUAUUCUUGGUCAAGCGCAUUGUCUCAUGGCUUGAGACCGACGCCUCUUUGAUUGUCAAAGCCGAGAUUUACAAAGCUCUGGUGAUCUUGUUGCCCGGUAUGGCCGACAUGUAUGGUGAGCAUUGGAGUCAAAUCGUUGAACUACUGGUCUCGUUCUGGAAGACUCCUACCGCGAUAAGAGAAGAUGGCGUCGUGUCAGAUACCGGCAUAUUGCUCGUACAUGCAUCGCUUAAGCUCUUCGCGACCUUGCAAAAGCUGGCAAAAGUAUCGGAUGUCAGUGAUGAUUUGGUUGAGAGCCUCAAAGAGAACAAAGAGUCCAUCACCGAAAGCCUGAUAUCACUCUUGCAGGCUUUUGGCGGGUUCUCGGAUGAGAACCACAAGCCUCUGAUGGUAACGAACGAGUUGCUUGGAAGGCUGAUAUCCCACCUCCCUCCCAAGACGUUGAGAGAAGCUGAAGAUCUUUUUCCACUGCUGUACGCACCUUCAUGGGCCAUUCAGACUGCAGCCUUCGAACUGCUCCACAAGCAUAUCCCAGCAGCGCAGGAAAAAAUAUCCUUCGAUGCUGCGCUGGAGAACAAAGCUGCCCACCUGCCCGAUGAGCUCCUCUCUCUGAUCAUAGAUGCGCCAACGCUCGACAGCCUAGCCGAAGCCUCCUUUCUCAAUGCCAUGCCAUUGCAACUCCAUGGCUUUCUGAAUAGCUGGAGGGUUCUCUUSGACCAUUUCAACGGUUCAAGUUUCCGCGUUAAAGGCGACUAUGUCGAGCAACUGAAGGAGGGCGGUUAUCUCACUGGMCUGUUAGAUCUCACAUUUGACUUUCUGCGGCACACAACAGGUCGGCCUAUCGAUGCCUCGAAAUUCAACGUCGCGGAAUAUACACCACGAUUGGAGGAAAACGUGGAGACAGAUGUGCAGUGGUUGUUGGCGCAUCUGUACUACCUCUCGUUGUCAUAUCUGCCCAGCCUGGUCAAGACCUAUGUCCUCGACCUGCGCUCUCGUACAGUUCCUCRGACGAUCGAAACGUGGACAUCCAAAUACAUCAGUCCAAUGAUCAUCACGUCGAGCCUUCAGGAGGUCGCAGAUUGGUCUGAGAAGAGCGUGAAAGACGACCCCGACUACGAGAAUAUGACAGUCAAGGUCGGUUUCCGUAGCAGGGAGAUCAACGUUGGCUACAUGGUCGAUGAGCAGACCAUGACAAUCAAAGUGACUCUGCCCGAAGCAUAUCCGCUCGACUCUGCGAAGGUGACAAGCGUGAAUCGCGUUGCAGUGAGGGAGGAGAAGUGGCAGAGCUGGCUGCGAAACUGUCAGGGCGUCAUCACUUUCUCGAACGGAAGCAUCACCGAUGCCUUGACUGCGUGGAGGAAGAACGUGAGUGGCACACUCAAGGGCCAGACCGAAUGUGCUAUCUGCUAUUCCAUCAUCAGCGGUGCGAAGGAAUUGCCGACAAAGAGAUGUACGACGUGCAAGAAUUUGUUCCACUCGAGCUGUCUCUUCAAGUGGUUCAAGAGCAGUAAUGCUAGCACUUGCCCAUUGUGUCGGAAUGCAUUUAACUUCAACUGA